GAGGGGGAGGUUAUUUUUCCAAAUGGCGAGCGGUGGUGGAGGCCGCCGCGAGAGAGGGUAGGGCAGGGGAAUAAUAAAGCACGGAAGGAAACGGCCGAAACAAAGUAAGCCACCACCAGGCCAGACAGCCAACCCAGCGGGGAGAAGGGGAAGGGCGGCGAGGAAGGCCGCGUCGUGCUCCUCCUUCGUCCCCUCUUUCUCUCUCUCUCCAUCCAUACCUUUUGCAUUGUUCUUGAUUCGAUUCGGUUCGGUUCGGUUCUCCCCGAAGAACAGGGUUGAAGAAGACAGGUUUGGGGUCCAUGGGGUGCUUUUCAUGCUGCUGCGCGGCGGACGACGAUGUUGGCAAGAGGAAGAAGCACGAUGAUCCCCAUGUUCCUCUCCCUGCUCAAGAUUUUCCCAAUGCAGGUGGUAACUAUGGACCUAGCCGGCCCCCAGCCCCAACCUCUGUCAUCCCCACAGUCAGGGCUCAGCCAAUUGCAGUACCGGCCAUUCCUCUGGAAGAGAUGAAGGAGAUAACAAAGAAUUUCAGCAGUGAUGCUCUUAUCGGCGAGGGCUCGUACGCCAGAGUCUACCUUGGUGUGCUGAAAGAUGGCACGGAAUCUGCGGUGAAGAAGCUUGACUCCAGCAAACAGCCUGAUCAAGAAUUCCUUGUGCAGGUUUCGGCCGUCUCGAGGCUGAAGCAUGACAAUGUUCUCCAACUUCUUGGAUAUUGCGUCGGAGGGAACAUCCGCGUUCUUGCUUACGAGUACGCAACAAGGGGCUCACUGCAUGAUAUCCUCCACGGUAAAAAGGGUGUCAAGGGAGCCCGGCCAGGGCCAGUCCUGCCAUGGAUGCAGCGAGUGAGGAUCGCCGUGAGCGCCGCCAGAGGGCUCGAGUUCCUCCACGAGAAGGCAGAGCCUCGCGUGGUCCAUCGCGACAUCAAGUCCAGCAAUGUACUGCUCUUUGACAACGACGUCGCAAAGAUCGGCGACUUUGAUGUCUCCAACCAGGCCCCUGACAUGGCUGCGCGCCUUCACUCCACUCGUGUUCUGGGCACCUUUGGUUACCAUGCACCGGAGUACGCGAUGACUGGACAGCUUAGCACGAAGAGUGACGUCUACAGCUUCGGAGUUGUGCUUCUCGAGCUUUUAACCGGCCGCAAGCCGGUCGAUCACACGCUGCCCCGAGGGCAGCAGAGCCUUGUGACAUGGGCUGCACCAAGACUUAGUGAAGACAAAGUGAGGCAAUGCGUGGAUCCAAGGCUCGGAGGCGAAUACCCUCCUAAGGCUGUUGCCAAGAUGGCUGCUGUGGCUGCCCUGUGCGUCCAGUACGAAGGGGACUUCCGUCCCAACAUGAGCAUCGUCGUCAAGGCCCUGAGCCCCUUGCUGCACAGCCGGUCCAACCGCCCCGUCACCGCCGCCGUCGCCGGGGGAUCUGGACUGUGAGGGCACCCUUCCUCCUCGCCAACCAUCGCCAUGCAUGUGAUUUUGAUCACGACAUGGGUUCAGGACGACCUGGUGAUUCCAUGUGUGUGCUUCCCUGCCCUGCCUUCGGUCUCGUGGGGCGUUGCCGUGUUCUGACUGACGAGGAGGGCUUGCUGCUGCUGCCGUCUCCUUCCCUCUGGCUUGUGUUGUGUCUCGUUCCCUCUGGCUUGUGCUCGUCGAGAAAAUGGUGAGCGAUGGAUGAUACUUCA